AUGUUCUCUAAAAUUGAAAAUGGAAAGCAGACAAUUGUGCUAGUUUAUGUUGAUGAUCUUCUUGUCACUGGAGAUGACACAAAUGAGAUGAAAAAGCUCAAAACAGAACUUGACAAUGCCUUCACUGUGAAGGAUCUUGGAGAGAUGAGAUAUUUUCUUGGGAUAGAAGUUUCAAGAAGUCCAAAAGGAACCAUGUUAAAUCAAAGAAAGUUCAUUCUUGACAUACUGAAAUCAACAGGGACUGAGGACUGUAAACCUGCAAAGUUCCCCUUUCCCAAAGGGAUCAAAUUAUCAGUUGAUCAAGGUGAACUACUAGAAGAUCCUGAAAUAUAUAGAAGAAUCAUUGGAAGGUUGUUGUACUUGAAUCUGACAAGACCUGAUAUUUCCUAUAGUGUGCAGCAGUUGAGUCAGUUUAUGUGUGAGCCAAGAAAACCACACUUGCAGGCUGCUAUCCAUGUGGUAAAGUACUUGGCUGGUACAAUUGAUUGGGGUUUAUACUACCCUGCUGAUUCUGAAGUAAAGCUAAGCUCAUUCUGUGAUUCAGAUUGGGGAAACUGUGCCUUUAGUUCAAGAUCUCUCACUGGAUACUGUGUUUUCUUAGGAAAAUCACUAGUGUCUUGGAAAACAAAGAAGCAAAAGACUGUGUCAAAGUCAUCAACAGAAGCAGAAUAUAGAUGUAUGUCACAAACAACAAGUGAGAUUGUUUGGUUUAGAAGACCUGGGGUUCACUGUACCUAA